AUGCAAGCCCUGCUCUGGCUGUGUGCCCUCGCCCUAUUGCCCGCUGGCUUGGCCGCUCCCGUAACACCUUUUCACGAGGCUGAACAAAUCCUGGUGCCGCGCCAGCCGAUCGCCCCUAUCGAUGAUCCCUUCUAUUCCGGUGACGACGUUCUGCAAAUUCAAAGAGUAGGCCCAGGGGUUGCUUUACGUAGCAGACCUGUGGACUUGGCACAGUUCGGCAUUCUUCCCAUAUCAAUCAAAGCGGCUACCCAAGUCCUCUACUCAACGACCGACAUGAGCGGCGGCAUCACAGCCAACAUGAUGACAGUAAUCACACCGAAUGGCCGCGCAGAAAGCGAGACUGGCGUCCCAAAGGUGCUCGUCUAUCAGCCGGCGCAGGACUCCGCGUACUCUGGCUGCGCACCGUCCAUCCAGCUGCAAAGCGGCGCAACCGGCAACUUGCUGGUCCAGGCUGAACAGCUCCUGAUGAACCACGCGUUGACGAAGGGCUAUACACUUGUGGUCCCCGACUACGAGGGUCCCUCCUCUGCUUUUACGGUGGGCUCCUUGUCAGGCACGGGUGUCCUGGAUGCUGCUCGCACAGCUUUGAAGCUGCCGGAAGUUGUGAGCGCGGACAAAAGCCACCUUGUCAGGAUGGCCCUGAUGGGAUAUAGCGGCGGGGCGCUUGCAAGCGGUUGGGCUGCCCAGCAGCUCGAAAAGUAUGCUCCAGAACUGUCGGGAAAUUUUGUUGGGAUGGUCCUUGGAGGCAUCCCCGUCAAUGUCAAGAACAUCUUGCUGAAACUCAACAAAGGCGCAAUCUCUGGCCUUGUUGGGACGGGCAUGGCCGGACAAUACAAUGCCAGACCGACGUUCAAGGAGUACUUGGACCAGCACGCGACGCCUGCGGGCAAAGACGCGCUGCGCCGUGCUAAUGUGAGUCCGAACCGCUGCUCUGAAGUGCCUCUCAUCGCCAAUAAAGACGCUCAGCUCAUCGUCGGCUCUCGUACCCCUUCAAGAUUCCCUGCGACCGACUGGUUUUCAUUGUUCGACGUGCCACAGGAUGAGCUGCUCGCCGCUCCACCUGUGAAGGAAGCUCUCGAUCAAGGCUCUCUGGGUGGUCUUGACGCAGUUGGCAUGACAAUCCCCGCAUACAUCUACCAAGCUAUGCUGGAUGAAGUGGUGGUGGCGUCGGAUGUAGACGAUUACGUGGCGGCGCAGUGCAAGAUCUCCAGCACCAAGAGCAUCACCUACGUACGGGAGCUUGCGGCUGAGCAUAUCAGCAUGAUCAUCACUGGCUCUCCUUCCGGUUUCGUCUGGCUGGAGGACCGCUUCAAUGGUCUCGAAGCUCCCAAAGGCUGCGAUACUCAAAGCCGGCUCCUGACGCUCCUAGAACCACGAGUAGUAGCAGAGCUGGGCUCAUUUCUGCUUUCGCAGCUAACAAUUCUGUUGGGACAGAGCUCCAAAGGUUUCGUCGCAUCUCUACUCACCAACCUUGGAAACACAGUCACCUGA